UCAGGUGGAGUGGAAGAAAAUCCGCAUUGGUUUAUUUUUAUCCAGUGUCAGCAUCUAUCUUGCCAAAAACUAGCACAACGGUUAGUCAUAACUGGGAUCUUCCGACAGUUUCAUUUUAUUUGCUUGGAUUAAUCCAACAAAUUCCGCUUUUUGACUUAUUUUCGAGUGUUGUUUCGGAUCGGACAAAACAUAAACAACGUGCGACAACGGCAAGUAUUGAAAGUGUGAAGUGAUCAAAUUAGAUCAAUGAAAGAAGCUAAAUAGUAAGAUGAGUGCUAAAUUGCGCAUGCGUACUCCGUCUCCAAAAACUGUCACUUUCGAUCCUUCUCCACCAACUACUUUGGAGAGGCCGAGGAAACUUAUAUUCAGGAGUCGCGCCGAAUGGGAGCGUUAUCUUGAUGCUCUGCUUGCCGAUCUCCAAAAUACAGUUUCAGGAUCAUCAGGAAUAGGAUCAAAUUAUUCUGGAUAUGGCCAGAGAAACGUCCGGUAUUCUCCCGAUAGCGAUGGACAUUAUUCAAAAACAGACAGCUAUUCAGUGAAAUCUGGAAGUUACGGGAAGGUGCCGCCAAAUUCCGGUAACCGGAGUCCGAGCUACGGCCUAAACGCAACUGCUGGUCACAGUGCUUCGUCUACGAUGGAGAAACGCCCUUUCAACAACAAUUUAGACGAAUUAGAUUCCUUGCUUCAGGAUUUGAGCAAUAGUCGACAACAUGCUUCAGAAAAUAUGAACGGUAGUCACUAUAAUGGUGCCAUUGCCGAUUAUGGAGGUCGUAGUUCAGCUAAUUAUUCUAGACCAUCCAGCGCACAAAGUACUCUAAAUAGGCCAUCUGUAGACAGCUUACUUGAUGAGUUAAAUUCAGGAGACGUCAUUUAUACUGGGCCUAAAAAAGUAGUGAUAACCGUGAAAGAAACUAAAACGGAGACUGGAUAUCCUGGCGAGACGGAAUUAAUAUCGUCUCAUGUCACUCAUACCGCAGCUUCAUCCGCAACUAGGGAACUUGAUGAUCUAAUGGCUAGUUUGUCGAAUAUUAAGGUGAAUCAAGGGCCUCAGCAUCACACAGUUUCCGAUUCGCAAUACGCCCGCCCCAUAAAGGCCACUCAAACGCAGAGUGCCCCUCCUCCACCCAAGCAGAAUUUGGAUUCUAUGCUAGGAAACCUCCAAGCAGACAUGAGCCGCCAAGGAGUCAACACCAGCCAAAAGGGAUGCUGCAGCGCCUGUGACAAACCUAUCGUAGGUCAAGUUAUCACCGCUUUGGGCAAGACCUGGCAUCCAGAACACUUCACCUGCGCCCAUUGCAGCCAGGAAUUGGGUACCAGGAACUUCUUCGAAAGAGAAGGAAAGCCCUAUUGUGAACCAGACUAUCACAAUCUCUUCAGCCCAAGAUGUGCCUACUGCAACGGACCUAUCUUAGACAAAUGCGUAACAGCUUUGGAGAAGACAUGGCACAUGGACCACUUCUUUUGCGCCCAGUGUGGUAAACAGUUUGGAGAAGAAGGAUUCCAUGAACGUGAAGGAAAGCCAUACUGUCGUGACGACUACUUUGACAUGUUCGCCCCAAAAUGCGGAGGUUGCAACCGUGCCAUCAUGGAAAAUUAUAUUUCAGCGCUUAACGCCCAAUGGCACCCUGAUUGCUUCGUAUGCAGGGAUUGCAGACAACCAUUUAUUGGAGGAUCUUUCUUCGACCAUGAAGGUCAACCUUACUGCGAAACUCACUACCAUCUUAAAAGAGGUUCUCUUUGUGCAGGAUGCCAUAAACCCAUUUCUGGUCGCUGCGUUACAGCUAUGUUUAGGAAGUUCCAUCCUGAACACUUCGUGUGUGCUUUCUGUUUAAAGCAACUGAACAAAGGCACAUUCAAAGAGCAGAACGAUAAGCCUUAUUGCCAUACUUGCUUUGAAAAGUUGUUCGGCUAAAGAUGUGAUUUGCAAAGGUGUACUAAGAGAAAUGGUAUCAAUAUUUGGCAGUAUACUAGUUUCAAUAUUGUCUAAGUUUAAAAGUGGAAUAAGGGUGCAAUAAGAUUAUUAUUGGUAUCUAGUAUACAUAACAGAAUGCUUUCUAUAUAUAUUUAUACGUUUAAAGUUACUAAUUUCGUAAAUAAGUGUAAUAAAAGUUACUAAAACAACGUUAAUUAUUUUUUACGACCCCAAGUGUAGUAAUAAUAAUCAGUUAUGGAAAUAAUACAAGAUACAGAAGAACUUUUUGUAGUGCCUAAGUGCUACAAUAAAGAAAUUAUUUGAUGUGCAUUUAGAUACUUACAUCAAAAUAUUCCAAAAACUCCAAAAAUUUGGUUAUAAUUUUCUACGGUAUUAAUUAUUUACGUUGGAGGAUAAGAAAGAGCUUGAUUCUACAAAUUGUUUCGAAUUAUUGGGAGUUGAAUCGUACCAAUAAUUCGGCAUAGUAGAGCCUUGUGACCGUUUUGCUCUUCUCCAGGUAAUCGGUGUAGAUCACACUUGUGAAUCCCAGGAAACGGUGGCGAUCACCUUUCUAGACUUUCACCUUUUUCGAAGUAUGUCCGCCUGCUGAAAUUCACUGGUGUGUACUAGUUGAUCCUUCUUUCGUAAACGCCCAUAAAGUCCUUCGGAUUGCGCUUAAACAGAAUCAAACAUUGUCUGAAGUGUUUGGGUUGAGCAAACGCGGCACCCAUCAUGCCGAAGGCUUCCUCAUGCCCAAAAUUUAAUGCAGGAUAUGAUCGAUCUUUUGAGAUGUCCACUGUUUCAGGUAUUUCGAGCACCUUCACUCGGCUGUCUGCCAAUACGAAAUCUUGGAUUUUUGUCACGUUAACCUCCGUGGUAGCCGUUUUUAGGGCACAUGGGCGUGUUCCAUCAAGGAUUGAGAGCAUGAAUCCAUAAUAAAAUAACCAGCAAACAAUUGUAAUGAUUUGGGCACGCACAGUGGAUGCGAGGCGAAAGAUGACCAAAGAGAAUAUUAGAAACUAAAAGACUAAAGAAUCGAAAGAGAGAGAGAGAGAGAGAGAGAGAGAGAGAGAGAGAGAGAGAGAAAGAGGGAAACCAAGAAAAAAAAAUGGAUAAAUGACCUAAAAGCGGGUAAAGCAAAGGGAUGAACUACACAAAAAUAAAACUGAUAUCGAGAAAUAAGAAAGAAUGAAAAAAGAGUAUACACAUCAAUACAACAAAAAAUCCUACACUCUAGGAGGUAAAAGGAGUUAAGAGAAGGAGAAAAAACUGCCGUUGUCUAGUUUUUUUCCUAAAACAUCAAAACUAAUCAUUGUUAAAAAUUAAUUUCUCUUGGUUUACUCAGUAUAUGUAUGUAUAUAUUGUUAUGCUCUGUAUUUCUCUCUUUUAUGAGAUUGAUGAACAAGUUCUUAAUUUAAUGAAUUACUCAAUUAUUUUAAUUACUGCUUAUGUAAAACAAAAUCAAAUUUAAAUUAAAUUUUUUAAUAAAAUUUAUUCUCAAGGCUAUUUUAUUGUUGAUGCUUUACCUUUGGUUUGUGGCUUCUGGUAUCUCUAGUUGCUUACUCAUUCAGGACAAAACAGGGAAAUUAAACACACUCAAUUUCAUAUAAAUGUUAAAAAAUAUUAUUUAUUUAUCCAAUAUACCAUAAACAUAGGAUUUAAAAAAUAUGCUAAAAUCUAAAUUUGUUGCAACUAUUUCUCAUCUACUAAAUUAAGCUUUAAUUCUGAUAUCUCCUCUGUUUUAACAAAAAAGAAAUUAUUUAAAACGUUAUUUAUUCUUACAAAAUUUAAUAAAUUUUACUUUUACUUUUUGAAUUGAUUACUUAUUUCUUCUUUAAAAUUUGGACUGACUAAUUAUGUUAUAUAACUGUUUAGUACAGAAAUUAAGCAAAUAUGGUGUGGAUAUAAACAAACUCUCUCGUUUCACAAAUGAUUUGACUAACCUUUUUGUUUCUUCUCUACUUCUUUUCGCGGAUUGCAUCGUCCUCGAUUCUCCCACACGUACUCUUAGGAUGUUGCGAAAGGUCCCUCUCGUCCAAACUGCUUCACAAACAAACAAACAGGACUCGCUCGAAUUCUCGACUCAGUUUUCUCUCUGCUCGAUAUCUUGUGCAAAUAGAUACCAAUCGGCUACUCGUUCUAGACAGAAACAGGAAUCUUCCUCGGACACAGGAAAAUUAACUUCUCAAACCGAUUUCGUUUCAACUUGAUUCUGCUCGCAAAGGCCAAUUUCACCACUUUACACUGACUUCUCACUUUUCAAAAACUGGACUGCUGUCUCCAGAUAUUUUUUACACAGUGCCUAUUUUUUCUCUCGUCAAAAUCAGACUCAACACUCUUAUCCCUUCCAUCCAUCAUUUUCCAUCAAUCACAAAACAUCCUUUCUACCCACUACCCAUAUUAUCAUUUCUCAAGAACCAAUUUAAUUUGUAUACAACUUUCCAUUUUGUUAAAUUUUCGGAGACAUCAAAUUACUUUCGUUGUUUCAAAAUGCUAAACAAAAAGCCUUACAUUCUAAACUCAAUAAAUUUGUUUAUCGCUUAACCUUCUUCGAAUGUUUUAUAAAAUGUCUUAUUGUCCAUUGCAAAGCGAAAUAAACGGUAUUGUCUAAUCUGACCGCACCAUUGUUUAAGUUCGUUCAAAAACCCAUUAAGAAAACCACCUUCUUAACGAUUUCACUUUUCCGCGAAAACACUGAUUACCAACUAAAUUAUCCUAUUACAAUUUUUGGUCAUAUACAGGGCGAUGAAAAUCUAUAAUAUCGUGGUAUCUGAUAUAAAUUUAUUUACUAAAUUUUCCCAAAAAAAAUUAUACAACAAUAUAUAUUAUAGCCUCAUGUUUGGAAUUUAUUUAGCAAUUUAAUUUUCUUAAUUUACAAACCAUUUUGAUGAUUUCUCACAUCCAUACUUCUAUAAUGUAUUUACAUUUAAAAACAGUUAUCUCAACUAAAUAUUACAGUGACGUGAAAUGUUAUAAUUAGCUAUUAAAAUGUAAACAUGUGUAUGUUUUAUUAACGAUGCGGUUGAGUUAUUAAAUGCACUUUUAGGUGGAAUUUAUCGUUUAGUUUUACAGGAAAGUAUUUGGCUUCUCCUCAAACUGUUCAAAAAGAAACGAUCUAAUUUUAAAAUCAGCUUUUAUCUUAGCAAUAAAUUUAUGUUAUACGAAUAAUAUAAUUAUUAUUAUUAAACGAAUAUUAAAUAAAUGGAUGAAGUUAUAGCUUCUUCUUCUUCUUUAGGUGCCGUGUCUGUGUUCAGACGUUGGCCGUCAUCAUGUUUACAAUUUCCUGAAACCUCUCUCUAUCGGCUGCUGCUCGAAAUAAUUCUUUUACUGUGCAGCCUCACCAUUGUCUAAUAUUACGCAGCCAUGAAAGUUUCUUUCGACCAAUCCAUCUCUUUCCCUCCACUUUUCCUUGUAUUAUAAGGCGAAGCAGAUGAUAUUUAGGUCCUCGAAUUAUAUGGCCGAAGUAUUCUGUUUUUCUCCUCUUUAUGAUGCUUAUGAGCAGACGUUCUGAAUUCAUCAUUUGAAGAACAUCUUCAUUGGAAGUGUGCGAAACCCACAAUAUCUGUAGGAUUCGUCGAUAGCACCACAAUUCGAAUGCUUCUAACUUGUUAAGCAUUGUGGUUUUUAACGUCCAUGUCUCACAACUACAGUCGGAAAAAUGAAAGAAUACCCAUGAACGAUCACAUCAAUCACUUAUUUUGUAUUUGCUAUCUUUUUCUAUAACAAACGUUUGUUAUUUAUAGAAAAAGAUAGCAAAUACAAAAUAAGUGAUUGAUGUGAUCGUUCAUUUUUCCGACUGUAUACAACAUACAACCAUACAAUAUCCAUAUAAUAGGAUAUACCACACAUAACAUUCCAGGACCUUCUUUCGAAUAUUCAUCGACAGGUUGUGUUACAUAAAACUGGUUUCCAGGUCAUAAAAGUCUUCCGUGAUAUUUCGAUCCUAGUUCCCAUAUAGCACACAACGUCCGAUGUACGUCCAUAUAACGUACAUUUAAAGUCCAAACGUCCAUGGACCAAAACUGGACGUACUAUGUACGUACAUUACUGGACGUCCAUUGGACGUUUGAUUUCAACGUACAUUGGACAUCCAUUUGUGGUCCAUGGAUAUUUUACACAAAACGCGACUAUUAUAUUAAGUCCCAAUACAAACUAAAUGAGAAUCUUCUUGACAACGUUGUCGCUCUUCGCGCUAUCGGUCGUGAAAGGUAGUAUAUCAGGUACUUUUAGGGGAUUACCGAUGUUAAUUGUUGUGGAAUACUGAAGGAUGGUUUAUUUAUGAUAAUUCACAGAAUGGCAAACGCGCUUGUAAUAUACAACAACGGUACUGACUCUAAAAAUAGUUUGGAACAGAAACAGAACAGAGAUUAAACCUCUUUUAAUGUGCAUGCUUCCUAGGGCGUCAUUAUCUGAAUCUCGUCUUUAUGAAAAUACAUCCUGUGAUAUAUUUGUGUUUUCUGUUUAUCGUGCAAGUGCAGUCGUGCAUUAAUGAAGUUCCUAGUUCCUAUAAUAAAGUAUAUAUUAUAAUGAAGUUAUAGUAAAGAGAAAUAAAAAAGGUCUUUUGUGUAAUAUUUUUAAGUAUAAGUUUAGUAUUAUAAGGAACUAUUUCCUAUAAAGGCUUUUUGCUAUGUAUUCACAAAAUUAUGGAUACUAGAUUGCUUUCUGAAAAGUGCCCUACAAAUGUCCAUAAUACGUACAUUGAAUGUACAUAAGGUGUACACUGAAAGCUCCAAUACAACGUACAAUGUACGUUUGUAGCGGACGUUCUAUGGACGUCCAAUUUUGUGAACUCUGGACAUUCGUUGGACGUCCAUCGGAUGUCCAUUGUACCUUAGCGGGACGUCCAUUGGACGUUCCAAUGUACACAGAUGUACGUCCAUUGGAUGUCCAUAAAACGUACUUGUGCUAUCUGGGGUGUGGAAAUAUCUAGCGGCAGGCAUCUGUGGCAAGAAACAAAACAGAAAGAAUAAAUAUAUGAACACUGAAAGCAAAGUCUGUAGUUUUAAGACAUGUGUUAGACUCGACUAAGAUACGCAGCUGAGACAAAGGUUGAGACAACAAAGAUCAAACAAAUAAUGAGAACAACAGAGAUGAAUACCCUAAGAUCCAUAAGAGGUAUAACACUCAGAGAUAGGAUACGAAACGAAGACACAUUGAGAGAGUGUUCAAGACGUAGUGAGAUGGACAAGAGCACGACGACGCAUGUGGAAAGACCACGUAGAUCGGAUGGGCCCUUAGCGUAUGGCAAAAUGGGCAAAUACAGAGAAGCCCAACACCAAGCGACCUAUUAGGAAGAUCUAAAAAACGAUGGUACGAGAGCUGGAUCCCCGGAUCGCAGCAGAAACUGUAACAGAAGAAACAGGACAUAGUUCUAUUAAAAGAAAAUGAAGGCGAAUAUAAUGAAGUCUUUUCAUGAGCGACGAGUUAAUUGCUAUUUUGAAUGGGAUUGGUCUGGAUGGACGGAAAAUUCGAAUAAUAGCUGAUUUGUACUAGAAUCAUGCGGCUGACAGAAGUAAAGGUGAGACAUCAAAUUUUUAUUAUGAGAUGAGUUCAAUAGGAAUGUGUGCGCUCUCUGCUUUUGUUUAAUUUAUACACAGAAAAGAUUAGCAACAAAAACUGAACCAAAACUUACUUUUACUAAAAGAAAGUAAAAACGGUGUUUGUUUUAUGUUUACGUAUUUCGUUAAUCAAGAUAUCAAGACUUUGUCUCGUACCUAAUCAUCAUCAUCAUUGGCGUUAUAGCCCUAUAUAGAACGCCAGCCUUCUUAAGUCUACUUCGCCACGCAUCCCUAUCCAUUGCCAACUGUUGCCAGUUUGCUAUACCUAUUUUUAUAGCAUCUUUAUCUACACCAUCCUUACAUAUAAGUUUUGAUCUACUUUCGUCUACUUCCCAUCGGCUGUAACAUGAUGAUUCUUCUAUGAGGGUUGUUCUACUACGAUCUUGUCAGAUGUCAUGCUCAUCUUAGUUUUCAUAUUUGUUUGAGAGAUAACAUGUCCUACCACCAGAUAUUUGUUUGUGUUUUUGGUAUAUCUCAUACUUUGUUUCGUAAAGAAAUUAUUUUUUUGGGAGUAUUAAAUUGAUUUGACAUGAAAUAAACUUAAUUUUAUAUCAAAUAAAAGUAAUAGAAAUAAAAAACGAGAAAAACGUAAAGACGGAAAAGAAAUAAGCGAGACCAUAGAAAAAUUCUACACCACACUAUACUUGGUAAAACACAACCGCAACAAUGAAUGAACUAUAAACACCGGAUCAGAAGAAAUACCGGCGCUGAAAUCGAUUGACAUGACCCGAAAUCGACUAAAAACUAAUAAAUAUCCGGGAGAGGAUAAAAUUAUGGUUGAAAUGUUGAAAAUUGGUGGCAGAAAAAUGGAACAGGGAUUUUUCUUCUUCUUACAUUAGGCCUCUUGGCCCGUUCUUAACCGAUUUUGAGCUUAUAUUCCUAGAUCUGAUGGUGACUGCCAGCUCUCUCGCCACCUUUUAAAGGGCCUUCCUAUUGGUCUCUUGCCUGUUGGCUUCGAAUCCCUGGCCAUACGGGCUAUUCUCUCACUGUCCAUUCUCGUCACAUACUGAUUCCACUCUCGUCUUCUCUGUCUUUCCCACCCUAUCUUGUAUGUUACACAGAUCUCUUAUUCUGUCAUUCGGUAUUCUGUCUCACAGUGUUUUCCCAGUUAUUGACCUCAAUGUUCUCAGUAUUCUCUUGGUUUCUGCUGUGUCACAUCUUGUUUCUAUCGCGUACGUCAUGAUCGGUCUUACACAGACAUGACAGGCAUAUAUGCGUACUUUCCCUUUCAGCCUCAUAUCUUUGUUUCUCCAGAUGGAAUCCCUCAGGCAUCCUCACACGUAAUUGGCUUUAUUUGCUUGCUUUCGGACGCUCUCUUUAACAUCUACAUAACUAUAUAUUUCGACUCCCAGAUAUUCGAAUCUCGAGGCUUGUUCAAUUGGUUCGUUGUUAAUUACCAAUUUGCAUCUUAUGGGUUCUUUUGACACUACCAGGGAUUUUUUCUUAGCUGUUGAUAUUUUCAUGUUGUAGUUCUUCGCCACUGUAUUGAAAGUUUGUGCCAUUCGCUGUAGAUUAUCCUAACUUAAGAUUGCGUUGUCAGCAUAACAGAAGAUUUUUAUUUGUUUUUCUGCCAUCUUAUAUCGUUUUUCAGUACCUUUAAUGUUUUCUAUGAUUUUGUCCAUUACUAAAUUAAAAAGCAAUGGGCUCAAGCUAUCCUCUUGUCUGAUUCCCGAGUUGAUUUCUACUUCCGAUGUCAGUUCAUUCUCGACUUUUAUUCUGAUUUGUUCUUCGUAUUAAUGUCUUUAAUUAUCCUUAUCAUCUUGUUGGGCUGAUUUUUCUCCUUUAGCAAUCUUAGCACAUCUUCCAAUCUUACACAAUCGAAGGCCUUAGUCAGAUAUACAGGGUGUUUGGUAAAGAAUGGACCAUAGCUUAACCUCAGGUUCCUGAGGUUAAAAUACGCCGAUUUAAGCUAACUUACCUUAGUACAAAGUUUAUAAUAACCGAGAUACAGGUUUUCAAAGUUAAACUUUUUUUUUAUUUAUUAUUGAAUAUUGCCUGACAGGUAUGAGAUAACAACAUGAAAUUUGGUAUGUGGGGGUUUUUUGGGUCAAGAAAACUAAAUUCCCUACCAAAAAUUAUGUAUUGCCCAGAGGGCGCUACAUACGCCUUUCAGCGCUCAUUUAUUACGUUCAAUUUUUUUAUCCCUCGCUCUGUAUAAUUUUGACAUUAAAAUUUUUAUUCUCCUAUUAGUUUUACUUAAAAAGGUAUACUUCUUUCAUCUCCCUAAACUCGACCGUUUUCGAGAUAAACGCAUUUUAAAUCUGCGAUACACCAUCAUUUUUAGCAUAAUUUCAUUUUAGUUACACCCGAAAAAUAACUUAAAACCAUAAAAUUAUCCAAAAAUGUAUCGCAAAUUUCUUCAAAUGGAAUUUACGAUGCAAUGACAUAAAUUUGAGAACUGGCACAAUUAUUAUGGAUUUAAGUUAUUUUUCGGGUGGAACUACAUACAAUGAUAUGCUAAAAAUGAUGGUGUAUCGCAGAUUUAAAAUGCGUUUAUCUCGGAAACGGUUGAGUUUAGGGAGAUGAAAAAAGUAUACCUUUUUUAAGUAAAAUUAAUAGGAAAAUAAAAAUUUUAAUGCCAAAAUUAUACAGAGUGAGGGAUAAAAAAAUUGAACGUAAUAAAUGAGUGCUGAAAGGCGUAUGUGGCGCCCUCUGGGCAAUACAUCAUUUUUGGUAGGGAAUUUAGUUUUCUUGACCCAAAAAACCCCCACAUACCAAAUUUCAUGUUGUUAUCUCAUACCUGUCAGGAAAUAUUCAAUAAUAAAUAAAAAAAAAGUUUAACUUUGACACCCUGUAUCUCGGUUAUUAUAAACUUUGUACUAAGGUAAGUUAACUUAAAUCGGCCUAUUUUGACCUCAGGAACCUGAGGUUAAGCUAUGGCCCAUUCUUUACCAAACACCCUGUAUAAAGCACAUAAAUGCAGGUUUAUUAUAUUCCAGUGCUUUUUCAGCAAUUUGUCUGGCUAUGAAUAUGGCGUCUAUUGUGGACCUAUUUUUCCGAAAACCUUGAUCCUCGGAACAGGAAUUAAAUAUUUUAUUUAAUAAAGUAAUCUAUGAACGAAAGGUUCCUCAAGACUGGUGCGAUUUCGAAGUCAUUCUACUAUUCAAGAAAGGAGUCAAAGCGAAAAUCAAGAAUUACCGCCCAAUAUCCUUACUAUCACAUAUGUAUAAAUUGCUAACCAAAAUUAUAAUCAACCACCUACAAGUUCAAAUAAGCUCGACUUCUACGAACCUAUCGGAUUCAGAAAACAUUUUAGUACCAUAGACCACUUGCAAACCGAAUGAAUACUGGUAGAAAAGUGAACCAAGUAUGACGUUACAAUUCAUAUAGUGUUUGUGGAUUUUCAAAAAGCAUUCGACUGCAUCGAAUUAUGGGCUCUUCUCGAAUCUCUAGAAAAUGCACGAAAGCGCAUAAAUUCAAGAAACACUAAAAAAUAGCGUAAAAAUGAAUUCUAGAAAGCAUAAAAAUGAAUUCCAUAAAACUACAACGGAAAGUGAGAGAAUGAUAAACCAUUUGAGAUUUGCAGAUGACUUAGUUUUAAUAGCAGAAAAUAUCCAUACGCUAAAAUAUCCAAUAUGCUACAGCAAUUAAAUGAAGUUUCCGGAGAGAUGGGCUUAAAAAUAAACUAUGAUACUUACAGUAAAACAAAAAUAAUGAGCCAGGACCAGACAAAUAAAACAAUGUAAAACUAUACAAUAAAAAAUAUUGAACAUCAUGUAUACCUGGGCCAUGUCAUCAAACUGGGAAAACCAUAACAAGAUGCUGAAAUUAAAAGAACCCAACUGGCUUUCGGUAAACUAACAAACUAUACUGCUAAAAACUAGAAAAAACGCAAAGGUCAAUGUGAUGAAUCAUGCUUGGAAUAUGACAGAGACAAAAUCAAAAACACCGAGAUAAGACGUAUAACGAAGAUCAGGGAUAUCGUGAAAGAAAUUUAAAAAAUGAAAUGGCGCUGUGCCAGUCAUGGCCGCCGAGAGGGAUAAGCGGGCCCCAGUAAAAAGUGACGGGCGGGCCCGGUAAAUAAUGACGGGCGGGCCUCCGGCAAAAAUGGCCCCCGGCAAAAAGUGAAGAGCAAGCAAAAUUGUUUAAUUUUUGUAGAAAUAAAAUUAUUAAUAUAAUAAACAUUUCAAAUAUAAAUUUUAUUAAAUUUUGAUUAUAUUAAAAUAGUGAUAAUAUUUAUAAUACAGGUGCUUUUCGAAUUUUCUGAUUGGUAAAAAGUCUCUAAUUUUCGAAAAAUCGCAUGAUUUUGCCAAAUCAUUCUCAAUUCACAAACUUGAUAGGCAGCUAACCGAUCCUGUUUCAAUGUAGCUAUCAUUACCUCUUAGCAUUUUUUAUGCGAAAAAGAAAACUAAAGGAUCUUUCUGCUUCUGUGAUUGUCAUCGGUAAUGUGCAAAAUAUUCUUAACGCAAUAACGAUUCGAAUUUGAGAUGUUUAAUUUUAUUAAGCAAAUCGUUUGGAGAAAGUUGAGAUUCACCAAUAUUAUCCUUGUAUAUCGUUCUCAAAUGAAAAAUUUCAUCUAUCAAUUCUUCACUGAUGUCUUCUUUGUAAAACUCACGCAAUACAUAUAUUAUCAAUUUUUUCUUAAUACUGUCGUCAUCUUUAUCUCGGAAUAUCCAUAAAAUAUUAAAUAGCGAAUGAAUUUUAUUUUCCGCAAUAAAUCUUCUGGUUAAAUUGCUUAUUAUAUGACAAUAUUAAAAAAUAUUUAUCAGCGAAAUAUUGCGUCGGGCUCAAAAUUUUCAGUCUCAUCACUGCUAGGCUCAGGCAAAUCAUAAAAAAAUCUCACAGGAUUUUUGCGCCGUUGUUCUUUAUUUGAUGUAAAUUCUGGAUUUAUUACAUAAUUCCUGGUAACUAAUUUAGAUUCUUCAACAUAGAUUUUUCUGAUUUUUUGUAAAUAUUCUAGAAACCCUGAUAUAUUUUUAAUCUCCAUAUCCAUACCAUAGUUUUAUCUGACUGCACUAUAGUAUUUGACUCCUGUGAUUUAUUGCUGUUAAAAUGUUAAACAAAAUCGAUUAAAGGUCAUAAUAUUAAGUAUAGCCGAGUAUUAUCUAAUUAAACGCAUUAUGGACAUAAAGUGAAGAGCAAAAAACGGGAAAAAUUACGUCUUUGUUCUGGUCGACGCCGGGCCCCGGUAAAAUGUACCGGCCUCUCGGCGGCCCUGGUGCCAGUCACAAUAUGAAUAUAACAAAUGGACACGGAGAAUCCUAUAUUGGAGACCAAGGAGGACACAAGAAGCAUGGAAAGUCCUCAAAUGGGAUAAGAAUAAGGGUAGAUAUCGUAACAGUAGUGGCAGACAAACAUUGGAUUAGACUGGCGGAAGAAGACGAUAUUUUGAUUUUAAUGUUUGCUAAUAGCAAGUGUUUAUAUUCUUUUUUGUUUAUUUUGUACUCGUUCAUGAACAGGUCACCACAGUUUUCAAGUUAUAUCAUUUACAACGUGGGAUACCAUUUCUCUUAAUCGCUCGAACAUCAAUAUAAAUUUUGUUAUAACUGUGUCCAUAAUUAACAUGCCAUAAUGUUCUAAAUUCUUUGCGAUAUUAAAUGUGCAUAAAAACAAACAUGCCAUAUUAUGUUAUUUGUGUAUAUUAAAAGAAAUUAACCAUUGUGUAUCUAAUACGUCAAUAAAUGCUUCUAAAAUGA